UCUCUUCUAUUAUUGCAUCAAAGUCAACAAACCAAUAGACUAAAUAGAAACAGACUAAAACCUAAAACCCAAAACCUAAUUUCAUCAUUUCUCCUUCCAUAUUACCCAGCAAUCCAACGAGGGAGACAGCCCAUUUUGAAGAAUACGACUUCAAAAUUCCAAAGGCUUGUUGUAAGAUUAGAUGACGAUCGAUUCUGGAUCCAGGGUACCUCUGUAGUGAUGUCUCUGAUCGGGAUAGUGUUGCAGCGAGAAGCGAUGGGAUUCCAGAUUCGCCAUGAGAAGGGACAAUUGAAGAAUUCCCGAAUCUCCGGAGAUGAGUUACAGAGGAGACACAGGAAGCUUUUCCGAGGGAUGCCUUCUCUUCUCCGGCGAGAAACGGAGUGUGGGCUUCGCGCCGGUUGUUUACCGGCGGGAUGCUUUUUUUCCCGAAGAGACUACAGUUUCACUUCAUUAAAAGAAAUGCUGACGUGGUAAAAGAGUGGCUGACGUGGAAAAAGGAUGGCUGACGUGUCUCCCUUCAACUGCAAAGUAUAUAUAUAGACACGAUGAUACAAAUCAAAAUCACGCCACUUCAUCAUCUGUCUCUCAUUCUUUCACUCUUUCAUCGUCUUCUUCUUCUUCAUCUUUUGCCUCUUUGCUUCAAGAAUCAAAGAAAACCAACGGUGCAAAUCCCACUUCAGCAUCGUCUCUCUCUCUGACCCCUACUCUCAUCUGAGAACGAAAUGGCCUCGAAUCCUCCCGAAAAGCGGAAGCCUCUGAACUACCAAAUUUACAAGAUCAUCGUUGGUCAAUGGACUUGCGAGUCCGUGUACCUGGAUACUCUCAUCUUCAAAUGCCUCUUCCCAGCAAAGAAACUGGUUUGGGAAUAUCUGGAUUACAGUGUUGCUAACAGGGAAAGGAUAAAGAAACGAAUUGAGAUUGAUUGGGCUGAUAUAUUGUCUAUCAGAAGACAUACUAAUUCACUUGAAGUUGAGCUGAGAAAACCUCCAAGAUUCGUAAAGGAACCCAGUCAUAGGCCAUAUAGAAGUACUGAGUGGAUUGCGACUGAAGAAGAUUUUACCUCGAAUCAGGCUUCUGUUUGCAGGAGGCAAACAUUCCAUUUUACUCCUGGGGAUCUGCAAGAGAUCAUGGAGAAGCUUGUGUCUGGCGAUAAGUUCUGGUCCGACCUCGUCAAGAUCCCUUUCCCCACUCUACCAGAAUCUCUUUACUUUGAACAAAACGGGAACAACGAUAACCAGUCUCAAGGUAGCUUCAGCGUCAACAUGGACCUUCUUCACCACCAGUCUCAAGGAUUUGGUCGUGUUCAAGCGGGAGAAGGGAACUUUAGAAUGGCAACACAGUUCUUGCCUAAUGAUGGGAGGCAAGUUUCAUUUGUUCAAUUGCGUGAGGCGCAGUCUCUCCUACCAUCGUCUCAGUUGAUGAACGAGCAAUAUAACAGGUUGUUGCAAGGCAGGAGCCAGAUGAGAAACACAUGGGGAUUACUUGGGACACAAACAAAUAUGAUGUCUGGCUAUGGAAACAACAACAGAAAUUCUCAAGGAUCUGGUCGUGUGGAAGUGGGAGAUAACAUUAAACAACAUGUAUGGGAUGAUUAUGGGAAGCACAUUGGCGUAGUUGGUGAAGACAUGAGCCUAGUGAGAAUCACAGGAGAGUUCCAUGGGACGCAAACUAACUCGACGAUGCUUCAAGAAGGGAUGAUGUCUGGCUAUGGAAACAACAUGAACAGCAAUUCUCAAGGAUCUGGUCGUGUGGAAGUGGGAGAUAACAUUAAACAACAUGAAUGGGAUGAUUAUGGGAAGCACAUUGGAGUGAGAAUCACAGGAGAGUUCCAUGGGACGCAAACUAACUCGACGAUGCUUCAAGAAAGGAUGAGGGAGAAUCUUGAUAAGGAUCGUAAAGGUUUUUUGGUAGUAUAUAGGUGAUCUAGGAGGCAAUGGCUUGAAUGAGUAAUGACUAAUGACUAUAACUGAAACUUCGGAACUAUGUUUUUUUUUUUUUUUUCUGUGGGUACAACACUGUAAAUUU